AUGGCUAACAUAGAGGAUGAAGAGACAAUGUUGGCUUUGAUCAAGUUCUAUUGCUAUGAAAAGUAUUUCAAUCACGCUGUAAAUGCAGCAGAAGGUGCUCAGAGGAAGUUUGGCAAUGACCCCAUCUACAGUUUUUUCCAUGCAUAUGGUUCCAUGAUGCAAGACCAAAUUCAAGAAGCUUCAGUGGAGUUGGACACAUUAAGAGAUAGUCAAGAUGUAUCUCUCUGCACAGUUAUGGCUCUUGUCUAUGCUGAGAGAAAAAAGACAAACCCAGACAGGGAAGUCAUUCAAGCACUUACUGCUAAGAUCAGACAGGAUCGUAAAAGUGCAUCCCCCAAGAGUCUUUAUUAUGCUGGACUGUUUCUUUGGCUAUAUGGGCGAAAUGAUAAGGCAAGAGAGUACACAGAGAAAAUGAUCAAACUCUCCAAUGGCUCUAGAGAGGGGAUCAUCCUAAAAGCCUGGAUAGAUGUGACAUCUGGUAAAGAUGACUAUGCCAGGAAGACUGGAAAAUACUUUGAUGAGGGACUGAAAGAGAAAGCAGAUGUUUUUGCCCUGAUGGGGAAGGCACAAUACCAUGAAUAUCUUCAGAACUACUCUGGAGCAUUAAUAAUGGUCAACCAGGUCAUUGAGAGUUCCCCUGGGUUUGUGCCUGCGCUCAUCAAGAAGAUGAAACUGGUGCUCAGCCUUCAAGACUGGGAUCAAACCAUAAAGGUAGCGCGCAGGCUUUUAGAGAAGGAUAGAAAUAACCUGGAGGCAGUACGAAUGUUAGCUCUGCAUUCUUUAUGUAAAGAUGGAGAUAUUACUGAGUCAGUGAAACAGCUUUCAACCCUAAUCAGAAACUUGGAUUAUCUGGAACCCCACAACCCCGAGCUAAUCUACAGAAUGUCUCUUGCCUUCACUCGUGUUUGUGGACGAAAUGAGAAAGUGAUUGAGCAAACGUCCAGGAUGGUCGAAAGAGCCUUCUCUGUGGCAUCCAGGAACUCAUAUUUAGCCACAGAGUUGGGCUACCAGAUGGUCCUUCAGGGAAGUAUAAAGGAGGCUAUGAAAUGGUACAAGAUUGCCAUGACUUUGGAUGAGACCAGUGUUUCUGCUUUGACUGGCAUAAUUCAUUGCCAGCUGAUCGAGGGCCACCUUGAGGAUGCAAAACAACAAUUGGAAUUUCUCGCAGAGAAUCAACAAUCUAUUGAAAAAUCAGGAGAGCUGCUGUACCUACAUGCUUUACUGGCAGUGAAAAAGUGCAGACCACAAGAAGAGGUUACCAAUCUGCUGAACGAGGCAGUGGACAUACACCUCUCCAAACUGCAAGGUGUGCCUCUGGGAGUAGAGUACUUGGAGAAGCUCAACCCUGACUUCAUUUUGGAGAUAGUCAAAGAGUAUCUUGCACUUUGUCCUGCUAAGCCUCUGGCCCAGGGCCAGACUCUCGCUCCUCAACUCCAGCAAUGUGACAAAUUGUUGGAUACUGUUGUCAAGAUUGUGCCAGGUCUCCACCAAGCGGUCUUCCUGUUAGCCAAAGUCAGAUAUCUGUCUGGCGACACUGACGCUGCUCAGAGGAUUCUCCGUCAUUGCUUGGAAAAGUGCCCUUCUCAUGCAGAAGCUCAUCUACUAAUGGCACAGAUCCAUCUGCUGCAGGGUAACUUCACAUUGUGUUCCCAGUCUCUUGAACCCUGCCUCAACCAUAACUUUGAGAUUCAAGAACAUCUUUUGUGCCACCUGAUCCAGGCUCAGUGUCAGAAGAAAAUGGGCAAACUGACAGAGGCUAUUCAAACAUUGCAGAUGGCCAUGAGUCUCCCAGGUGUUCACAGAGCUGGAUCCUUGUCCAAGUCCAAGAGUAAUAAGAUUGAGCUGAGCAUUUCUGACUGUGUCUCUGUCUUCUUGGAGUUGGCUGAGGCCCUGAGGCUCAAGGGAAUGAAGCAUGAAGCAGCAAAGGUGAUACAAGAUGCCAUCAUUGAGUUCUCUGGGACCCCUGAGAAGCCACGUGUCAUUAUUGCAGAUGCAGACCUGGCCCUGUUCCGUGGUGACUCUGAGAUGGCGCUUAGUAUGCUUAGAAGUAUUUGUCCCAAGCAGCCCUACUACAUCCAAGCAAAGGAGAAAAUGGCAGAUAUAUAUCUGAACCACAGAAAAGAUAAAAAAUUGUAUGCAAGCUGUUAUAAAGAAAUAGUGAGGAAGAUGCCCAGCUGUCACACAUAUCUCUUGCUAGGUGAUGCCUAUGUGACGAUUCAAGAACACGAGAAAGCCAUCAAGAUUUAUGACCAUGUUCUGAAGAAAAACCCAGAAGAUGGUGCUUUAGCCGGCAAAAUUGGAAAAGCACUGGUUGAGACUAAUAACUAUGUCAAGGCAAUACAUUACUAUGAAGUUGCGUUGAAAACUGAGCAACAGAACUUCCUACGCUAUGACCUGGCUGUGCUGCUGAUAAGGAUGAAGAAGUAUGAGCACUGUGAGAGGGUAUUGCAUGAAGCGCUGGACCAUCAACCAAUGAAUGAAGUUAAGGUACUCUCAGAGUAUUGCCAAUAUCUUCUCCUAUUAGCAAAUGUCCAGAACAAGGUUGACAAAAAUGAGGAAGCUUUAGUUUGCCUAAAAAGAGCCCGGAAUGUGCAGGGAAAGGUACUUAAUCAGGUGCAGUUGGAGCAGCCUGACACUGUCCCCAUGCAGAAGCAGCUUGCUGCAGAGAUCUGCGCUGAGAUCGCUAAACACUACACAAGUCUGGGGAAUUAUAAGACAGCAGUCAAAUUCUACAAAGAAGUUCUUGUGUAUUGUGAGAAUGAUUGCAAGGUGAUGCUGGAGUUGGCUCGGUUGCACCUUACUCUGGAUGAAGUUGAUGCGUGCCAGGAGCAAUGCUGCCUCAUUCUGAAGAAUGACCAGUUUAAUGAGGACGCAACUAUGAUGAUGGCUGACAUCAUGUUAAGGAAGCAGGACUUUGAACAGGCCGUUUUCCACUGUCGAAAACUUGUGAAGUGCAAACCAGACAACUACCAAACUCUGUCAUGUCUUAUUGACUUGUUGAGGAGGGCUGGGAAGUUGGAAGAAGGGCCCAGAUUUCUUGAUAUGGCAGAAAAAAAUUCUUCCAGGACUGCGUUUGACCCUGGGUUUAACUACUGCAAAGGACUUUAUCUUUGGUAUACAGGAGAACUUAAUGAUGCCCUACACCAUUUUAAUAAAGCUCGGACAGACAACGAUUGGGGUCAAAACGCUAUGUACAACAUGACUGAAAUUUACCUUAACCAUGACAUUGACUCCAUGGGAGAACAAAUCUUUGGGAAUCUAGAUAGUGAAAUGAAGAACUCCACAAAGAAGCGGGAAGCACAGCACCUUGCUAUAAGAACAGCUAAGAAACUGCUGAAGAAGUUAAAGCCUCACACACCUUGUGGACACCUACAGCACCGCAUCCUGAAGAACUACUGCCUUCUGGCAACCAAAAAGAAGGCCAACAUGGAAAUAGCCCUCAGAGUUUUCAUGGAGAUUGCCAACAAUGAGAAAGACAACGUCCCAGCACUGUUGGCCGUGGCGAUAGCUUAUAUGAUGCUCAAAGAACCUCUGCGGGCCAGGAACCAGCUCCAACCAGUAGCUCAGAUGAAGUGGAGCCUUGUUGAUGCCAAUGAGUUUGAAAAGAGCUGGUUGCUCCUGGCAGACAUCUACAUCCAUUCAGGGAGGUAUGACUUGGCUGGGGACCUGCUGAAGAGAUGCCUCAAGCAUAACAAGUCAUGCUGUAAAGCUUAUGAAUAUCUGGGCUAUAUGAUGGAAAAAGAUGGAAAAUUCCAUGAUGCAGCACACAACUAUGAACUGGCUUGGAAAUAUGGGGUUCAGACUAACCCAUCUAUUGGAUACAAGCUUGCUUUUAACUACUUAAUGGCAAAGAGGCAUGACGAUGCCAUAGCUGUGUGUCAUAAGGUUCUGGCCGCUCAUCCAAAUUAUACAAGAAUUAGAGAGGACAUCCUGGACAAAGCCACACUUCUGAGAUUUAAGAGUUAG